AUGAAACGCGCAAAGUGGAAGAAAUCACUCACGUUUACAAUUUUCGUCCUUUUAUAUGUGAACAGUGCGGUCUACGCGAAUGGGAAUGAAUUGAAAGGAACGGAUGGGGUGGACGUUCCCAACGAGGACAUUCCCAAAGACGACAUUCCCAACGACGGCAUUCCCAACGAGAAGGACAUCACCAACGAGAAUAACAUUAGCAACGAGAAUAACAUUAGCAACGAUUGCAACAUAUUUGAGCGCAUUUCAAGUGAAGGACAAAACGGAAGAUGCAACGAUGACAGCCCUAUCUCCCAGAGUGGUACACAACAGCCUGAAGAAGGAAGUGAUGCAAAGGAAGGCAAUACUUUCCUCGAUGAGAAAAAUAUUGUAAAAAAUGUAGAAACCGAUUUCAUAUGGGAAGGAGAAGAUAAAGCCAACCACACUGAUCCGGAUACGGAGGAGGGGAAAGCAAUGGACCAUGUACAAAAAAAUGCCAACUUGAGAAGCACAUCCUACCUCUCCUCGCAGGGCGCAGUAGACCAGACGAGUAACUUCGUUCAGGGGAAUCCCUCCCCUUUGGACGAAAAUGCGGCGAAUAUUAAACAGGUGACUGGGGCUCAGGAUAGUUCCGAUGCGACCGGAAAUGGUGGGGGAAAUGGGGACGGUGAAGGAACGACCCCGAAAGAGGUGGAUGGAAAAGAUGGCAGCCCAGAUAGAAACGAAGAUGGCAAAGAAGCUGGCAAACCUGGAGAUACACUUAGCGGCACUCCUGAAUCCUCCCUUGGAGUAUCUUCAAAACCGAACCAAGUGGAGGGAGACGAAGGGGAUGAAAAAACCAGCCCAGAGAAACUGAAUAAGCACAGUGAGUCUACCCCCACUCCGGGCGAUGCUGGUGAACCCGAUGGUGAAGAAAAAGCAGAGGGAGUAGACAACACUCAUAUAUCACCUACCGGAGAAGAGCUUACGAAGGACUCCCCCACUUCAGACCACGCAGAGAAGAUAAAAAACACGCUUCUCAAGGAGGGCAGAGAAAUAAAGGAAGUGACGAGCAAGAUCGAUAACGCAGUGUACAAUGUGGAGCUGAUGAUUUUAAAAGUGAAGUUCUACACCACGGCAAUCCGAAACUUCGUGCACUUCAAAGUUAACCACAUUUGUGAAUACUCCAAGUGUGGGUCCAACGCUCGCUGCUACAUUUUGGAGAAGGAUAAGGAGGAGUGCAGAUGUAUAGCUAACUACAUGCCUGAUGAAAGUAUGGAUUAUUUUAAGUGCAUACCUAUGACGGUGAAGGACUGCUCCAAGAACAACGGGAAUUGUGACGUGAAUGCAGAGUGCUCCAUUGAUAAUAAGAAAGAUAUAAAAUGCCAGUGUAAGUAUGGUUACAUUGGGGAUGGGAUUUUCUGCGUCAUGGGUUCUCAGGAGAAGCAGUCGUUGUGCCUUCUGCUCGUGCUGCUAAUUUGCUUUCUCCACAAGUUUCUUUUUUAG